AUGCCCAAAUACUACUGCGACUACUGCAAAUCGUACCUGACGCACGACUCGCUGAGCGUGCGCAAGUCGCAUCUGCAGGGCCGCAACCAUCUGACGUUCUAUUGCGAGUACUACGAGGAGAUUGCCCGUGAAAAUGGCCUGCUGGAGACCGAGGAGCUGCCGUGGGAGUACAGUCUGGAGACGCACUACGCGGGGAUGCCCGGCGCGCGCACGCAGAAAAAGGGCCUGAAAUUGCCACCGCCACCCACGUUGCAGGGCUUCCCCAACCCGCCGCCUAGCGCCGCGUACUACGACCAGGUGGAGGAAAAGCGGGUAAUCGCCGAGUGGAAGAAGGCGACCGAGCCGGUGGCAGAACUGGGCGCCCAAGCGAGAAAAUAG